CCUCAUUCGAAGUUGAAGCCAGGCUAUAUUCAACCCGGGGUUGUAUCUUGUCCCAUCACAUACUCACCAAGUCGAUCAACCCGCCAAACCAUCACAUUGAACACCGAUUUCCAGCAAACGCAGCAUUUAGUUCGAGACAGCAAUCAUGAUAGCCACCGAAAUAGCCGGCUUAGUCGGCUCCUUAUCGCCCAGCAAGGUCUUUCUCGUCGCAUUUGCCGUACUGAACUGGAAAUCUCUGCCCUUCGCAUGGACGACUCGUCUCGUCUACUGGUUCAUCCACGGGCUCUACGACCUCGCCUAUCCACCCAGCAACCCCAGUCCGCCCGUCGACCUGCAAGGCAACCCAACCCACCCGAUCUUCGCCGUCGGCACCACCACCUCCUACUGCUCCCUGCUCGAGACGGACUACAACUUCCACAAAUCCAACAGCACCUACUACGCCGACUUGGACGCCUCGCGCAUCACGCCCAUGGCCUACUUCUACUGGCCCGGGCGCGAGAAAGUCAGCGCGGAGAUCGAUGCCGAACUCGCCGCCCAGGCCACAGCCGAGGGGAACCCGCCGCCGAAAAGUGCACCGAUCUUCAUCGCUCUCGGCGGCGUGUACUGCAGUUUCAAGAAGGAGAUCAAACCGUUCGAGCGGUACGAGAUGCGGUCGCAGGUUGUGGCCUGGGAUCGGAAGUGGAUCUACGUGCUGACACACUUUGUGAAGACGGGCAAGCGAAACAAGGAUGGGAGCAGCAUAGUCGCGGCGGUGGGAAUGAGCAAAUACUGUGUGAAGAAGGGGAGAUUGACGGUGCCCGUGGAGAGGUUGCUCGCCGCUGGGGGGAAGGUGCCUGCUAAGCCGGUGGCGGUGGCGGACCAGGGCAGUGAGAGCAGCGUAGAUGCACAGUUCGAGUUCACACCGGCUAGCAAGGCAGGGAGGGAGUGGACGUGGGAGCAGAUCGAGGUGCAGCGGCUGCAAGGAUUGAAGUACUGUCGGUCCUUUAUGGGGAUUGAUGACGACUUUUAUGGAAGUUCAUAGUAGAACUGCAGGUUUUUGUUUUUUUU